CCUUCGCCCUUUGGCCCCGGGCGGUGACCCGCCAAGAUGGCGCUGUCCAGGGCCGGCUGCUGCCGGGUGUUGUGGCGCCUCGGGCCCGGGCCUGGCCCCGCCGCCGGCCUCAGCCGCGCCCGGCGGCCGCUGGAGCUGCCCCUCCCGCCACGGUGGGCGCCGAGGUCCCUCGUGUGCCGCCUGUCCACAAAAGCCGGCUCCCGGUCCAUCCUCACCACCCUGGCAUCGAAAGCAAAGCUGGUCAGCGGGAGGUACGAGAGGUUCUUGGAAAGGACCUUCCCUCGUUUCUACGUGCUGUACAUGACGUUCACGAAAGGAAUCCAAGCGCUUUUCCUGGAAGUAAAAGAAAUCAGAAAAAUCAAAUCAAAAAUGUCCCAUCAGAGACUGAGCGUUCAGCAGCUUCCCUACCGGGAGAUGGAGAGGCUGCGGCAGGCAGUUCCGCAGGGAUGUGAUCAAGGCCAUUCCCAUCGGAAUUAUUGCCAUCCCGCCCUUCGCCAACUUCUUGGUCAUCGUCCUGAUGUAUUUCUUCCCGCGCCAGCUCCUGAUCCGCUACUUCUGGACCCCGCGCCAGCAGGUCGAGUUCCUGGACGCCUACGACGCCGUCCGGCGCGGCUCGUACCCGCACGUGCUGGCCAGUUUAGCCCUGGCAGCACGUUCCCUGCCGGAGCCGCAGCUACGGGAAGGCCUGCAGGAGCUCUGCGCCGAGGUGCAGCGAGGCCGCCAGCCGUGCGUGGCCCAGCUUUACGCCCUGAGAAGUUUGUUUGCGGGGUCUCCGCUGGCUCUGAGCAAGCUCCGCGUGUCCCACGUGAAAGCCCUGAGCCAGGUCCUGUUCCUGACCCCUCACUUGCCGGCCUUUUUCCUGAGGCAUCGCCUGCGGAGCCACGUCCUGGAGAUCCGGCACCUGGACCGUGCCAUGCUGCGCCUGGGCGUGGGGCAGCUGUCCGAGGAGGAGCUGAGAGCGGCUUGUUACCUCCGUGGCUUGAACUCCACGCAUCUCGGCGUGCCAGAGUGCAGAGCGUGGCUGGAGCAGUGGCUGGGGCUCUCCUGCAAGCUGCAAGCUUCUGAAGCUUCCCUGCUGGCGAACAGCAUGGUCCUGCUGUCCCUCAACUACGUCAGGGCCAAGGAGUGACGGCGGAGCCGCCGGCUGCGCACCCUCACCCCUGGCAUCGUGCGCCGACUUAGCGACUCCCAGCCUGGUGCUGCAAAAAAAACCCCCGAAACCCACCUUGUGGUGCCGUGAAACCACAGCCCCGAGCCGGGCGGGGGUCCCAGCGCUGCGAGUCCCCCCCUCCCGCGCGGGGGUUUGUGCCGCUGCCGGCUCUUCCCUUCCCCUCGUCCGUGGGAGCGGGGCUGAGCCCUGUCCCUGCCGUCCCUCGGCGGUGGCUUUGCUGUUACGGCUCUCAAACCACGUCACCUUCACUGGGGGGGGGGACGCAGUGAGCAUCCCCCCCUCCCUGCGGAUGCUUCUUGUAGUAUCCCUGUAGUAGCGGGCUCCCUUCAGCUUGGGUUUUGCUGCUCCGGAGGGUUUGUCGUUCCGUUACGCCCCUGAACAGUCUGAAAUAGAAACAAACCUCCCCGAGGGGGUGAGUGAAGACCCCAAAUCCCCGUGUGACGGUACCCGGGACCCUCAGAGACGGUUCCCGUCCCUUUAUCUGGCUGCGGCUGCCUCCUGGAGCAUCCCCAGGGCUGGAAACGCCGCUGCCGACACGAAACGGGUUGGAAAGGCAGCGCUGACCCCCCGACACCUUCGGCAGAGCCCGGGGGGCUGCGUUCGUUAAGUUCCACCUAAUUAGAGCUCGGCCUGGGGCUUUGUGCCGGGGGCUCAAUCCGUGUCUCACCUCCCCCCGUCACUGCAUGAGAGAUACAUGGCUGCUGAGUGGAUUUAAACCAACUUUUCGGUGUUUUAUUAAAGACAAAACCCCA